GCCACCGCAGAGUGAGUCGCGUCCCGGAAGCGACGGCGGUGGUGGGGCAGACUGCUCUCUGGUGGACUUGCGAUUUCGGAACGUCUGUGGGAGGUGGCGCGGCGUGGGGUGGGGCGGGCCUGAGGGGCCGCUCCCGGGCUUGGUGGCCCUUCUGUCCCCUUGGCCGUCCCUGCCCCUCCCAUUCCUGGGACAGCGUCCGGAAUGCAGUCUUCGGAUCGGGACCUGAGUGGACCAGAGGCGAGCCCCAGCGUGAUGCCUGAGGUUCUCUCUGAGUGUUCACCUGCCCCUACCAAGUCAACAGCGUUUGAUCUUUUCAACCUUGUUCUGUCCUACAAGAGGCUGGAGAUCUACCUGGAACCCCUGAAGGAUGCAGGUGACGGUGUUCGAUACUUGCUAAGGUGGCAGAUGCCUUUGUGUUCCUUGCUGACCUGCCUGGGCCUCAACAUCUUGUUCCUCACUCUGAAUGAGGGUGCAUGGUACUCCAUGGGUGCCUUGAUAAUUUCGGUGCCUGCCCUACUGGGCUACCUUCAGGAGGUGUGCCGGGCACAGCUACCAGAGUCUGAGCUGAUGCGGCGGAAGUACCACAGCGUGCGGCAGGAAGACCUGCAGAGAGUUCGCCUUUCCCGCCCUGAGGCUGUAGCUGAGGUGAAAAGCUUCUUGAUCCGACUGGAAGCCUUCUUGGCCCGCCUGUGCUAUACCUGCGAGUCAGCUUACCGUGUACUUCACUGGGAGAACCCUGUGGUGUCCUCACAGUUCUAUGGUGCUCUUCUGGGCAUGGUUUGCAUGCUCUACCUGCUGCCGCUCUGCUGGGUCCUCGCCCUUUUAAACAGCACACUCUUUCUGGGAAAUGGGGAAUUCUUCCGAGUGGUGUCUGAGUACAGGGCUUGUCUGCAGCGGCGGAUGAGCCCCAAGCAGGAAGAGUGCACCUGUGAGGGCUCGGCACUGCAGGAUGCCGGGGGGAGGGCUGUUGUACUGGACAGCACCCCUGCCCCUACACCCACAGAGGACCUCACGCCAGGCAGUGUGGAGGAAGCUGAAGAGGCUGAGCCAGAUGAGGAGUUCAAAGAUGCAAUAGAGGAGACCCACCUGGUGGUGCUGGAGGACGAUGAGGGCACCCCAUGCCCAGCAGAGGAUGAGCUGACCAUGCAGGACAAUGGCUUCCUCAGCAAGAAUGAGGUACUGCGCAGCAAGGUGUCGAAGCUUACAGAGCGGCUCCGCAAGCGCUACCCAACCAACAACUUCGGGAACUGUGCAGGCUGUGCUGCCACCUUCUCCGUGCUGAAGAAGAGGCGAAGCUGCAGCAACUGUGGGAACAGCUUCUGCUCUCGGUGCUGCUCCUUCAAGGUGCCCAAGUCCUCCAUGGGGGCCACAGCUCCUGAAGCCCAGAGAGAGACUGUGUUUGUGUGUGCCUCCUGUAAUCAGACCUUGAGCAAAUGAGAAGAGAAGCCAGGCUCCAGCUGCCCUGGGGCCAGCAGUAGACCCAACUGCCCCAACUUUGGUCCUCUGAGGCCUGUGCUGGACAGAUGUAGCCUGACAGCUAGGCCCUUCCUGCUCUUUCCCUGCUGCCUCCAGCUGGGCUGGCGACACUCUAAGGCCCAGGAGGAGAGGAGCCUCUGGGGUCCUGGCUGUUGGUCCUGUUCUACCCUGUACCCUCUUAACUCAAGGCCAGCCAGGGAGUGUCCACCAGAGGGCAGAAGUGAGCACAGCCUGCUCUCAUCUGGGCUCUGGUGGUCAAAGCCAGACUGGCUAGGCCUUGGGAUCCAAGGAGACCGGAGGUUGGGAAAAGAGGUUCUUCCCCGUUGGGUACUGGGCAGUCUCAGCCCCAGAGCCUGCAAGGGGACUUAGAGCAGCAUGGCCUGACUCUGCCCUUUGAAUAGCCCCAGGACAUGUUGGUUUUUAGAGACAGGAUUGGAGUUACCAGGUGCCCCGAGGAGAGGGAAUGUGAGGGUGCUGGUCAAGUCCUUCAGUGUCACGUGGAUGGAUGGCAGUGUGGGGAAGCUCUACCUACAGAAUCUUAGCUCCCAUGAUUCUCUGGUGUCCUCAGCCCUGCUCGGGUGGCUACAGGGCCCUCACAUGAUUCCUACUUCCUGUUCUGAGUCUGGGGCACCCCACCUUUCUCCACUGCCACAUCUCUCUAGCCCUUAUCUCACGGAACAUGAGGCCAGGCGAGUGGAGCAGAGAGUCUGGAAGCCUUUGAGGUUGGGGGAAGUAUAGGAUCGCCUGGGUUUCAGGGCUGUUCCUAGAGAGGAGUUUACAUCGUAGGAUAGGGCACAUGGCCAGUUUUAUGUUCCCUCUUAUCUGCCAAGGGGGCGCUGCACCUCUUCUUAAGCCAUGAGCUGGCUCAGGCCCCUCCCCCAGAGCUUUUUCAGAGUAUUUAUUUAUUUAUUUCAUGGUUCCUGGGAGCAUGCAGCACAGGGUGGGAUGAAAACGAUGAGGGGCUUCUGCCUGAGACCCUCUGUAGCCAUGGACCGCCCUUGGGGCUGAUCUUCAGGAACUUGCAUCAGUAGCAGCGGAACUGUUUCUACCCAAGCAUGGACUUGGCGCCCACACUUGAGCCGCAUGAGUGACUCUCUGCUGAUGGGCCCCACACAGAACAGUGAGGGUUUGGCAGUGGGGACCAAGCAGGUGAGGUGUGCCCCUUUGUCGUGGUGAGAGAAGGUCACCUCUGUAUUUAUACUGUAGAGCAGUAGAAGGAACUCUGUGGAGAAUUGUCAAUAAAAGGCCCCAUGCUUA